CCACAUCCUGGCUGCGGCGACACCCCGAUUGGCUUUACUGUCGUUACUGCUCCCCCGGGUAAAGGAAAAUUCCGGGGCCGAGACUUUUUCAAAUUAAGUCGCAUUGAGUUGCGAUGCGAAAUUGCGCCUGGUCAAUUUAUUGUAAUAGAGCCACGAGAGGACACUGCCCCAGAUUUAUCAGCACCCGAGGACUCUCCAAGUCCUUCUUCCUUGAAUCACACUCCUAAGCCAUCAUCUACGAGCGAAGCCAUGGAGGUUGUCUCAGCCACGCCGUCGUUGCACCAGUCUGCGUAUUCUCGCGCCCAGCUGGGCAAGCCAUACGAGCCUGACCACACGCCCAGGCCGUCUUUGUAUCCCAUCGAUGCUGAUAGACAAUCGUUCAAAACACUCCCAUCAAUACAUUCCCCUCCAGUGCUCAGUCCCUUGCAAAGCACUGCCCGGAUAGCCCUCGGCCAAACACCCUCAUGCUCCCCUCCCGCCCCCGAGUCGAGGCGUGAGAGCCUGGCUCCUCCCCAUCAGGAUCCCGCCGUCUCCCCCAAGGAUGCUUCGCGUGUGCUGCCUCAGCCUGCCAUGCCUCGCUCGCGGUCUUUUCCCGAGAUUACGCAGACGGUCGUCGCCCAUCACUACCCCCGUGCGCCUAGCACCGUUGGCAUUGACGCUGUUGAGCGUUUGCAGACGCAGAUUUCCCAGAACAGCGGGGCUCUGGCAGCACACACUCGCGAUAUACGGCGUUGCGAGGAGUCUUUUCUGCAUCUCGAGGACACGCUUCGCCGUGAAUUCCAGACGCAGCUAUCCCGUCACAGCGUCGAAAUGCACAGAGUGGAAGAGUCUGUAGCACGACUGCAGCACGACAUGCAGGCCAUGCGCUAUGCAAUGGAAUCCCUGACCCGAGAUUUGAAAGCAGCCCGAAUGAACAAGGAACCUCACACUGCGGCUUUCGCUCCACGCCUACCGUCAGGCGCCCAAGACUCGGCCAUCGAACUCAUGGCGCAACAAAUUGCCGCCAUGUCUCACAAGACGAGCGAAGUCGACAACAUGAAGCUCCACAUGGAAAUCAUGAAGAACAAAAUCUAUCAGCUCGAAGAAAAGGCCACAGCUGCCCAGUCACAGCCACCACCACAUGCACACCAAACUCCACGAGAGCCGCCAGUGCAACCGGCUCAAACGCCACAUAGUGCGGCGCUUUCUUACCACACUACCCCAACCCUGUCACACAGCGAGCCAUCUCAGCCAGUUUCAAGUGCCCCGCACCACCAGCUGUCGCUCGGAGCACCUCCGCUCAAGACUGUCUCGGAGGCCACACCGAGGACCGAGCCUGGAGCUGCUCAAAGCAAUGGAUGGGCUGCGAUUAAUGCCGGCGUGAAGCGGACUUCGCACAGCAGCAUGGACAGCCCUAAAGAGACCGCGUCCUAUGGGCCCCACUCUCCCAAGCGCCAAAAGCUGGGCGAGCCUGAACCCUACCCAAGCAAUGGAUACACAGCUUCGCACCCCCCUGUCAAUCGGGCGGAAGCCGACAGGGCUGAUGCCCGGUUUUCAACGCCCGCACGGGCUAUGCCGUCUCCAAGCACAGUGCCAGAAUCAAUCGUCGUGUCACAACCACAACAAGUCGUCUAUGCUACACGUCCGCAAGACGGACCCGUUGACGAUGUUUGGCGGUCUACGCAGCAGCCUAUCGGGUAUCGACCUCGAGGACGGGGACGUGGCGGAGGAGGACCGGGCAGCCGGGGUGGUAGAGUCCAAAAGAGCAUGAUGGGUUCAGGCCAUGCCCCCUAUGGAGCGUCCGACUGGGAAACAGAAAGCAUUCCUGGCUCCCAGGCCAGUCCCGAAGACUUGCAAAGACGAGGCAGCAUCGCACGUCGAGGCAAUGGCGGCAGUGGCGGACGUGGAGGGUUUACACCCAACGAUCGUGCUGCCAGUCUAGGUCUGCAGGGUGUCACUGCCGGUGUCAACUUCGGUCCGGCGGGCGAGACCUAUGGCUCUACGAAGAAGACUCGGACCAAACCCGUGCGCAAUGCCGAUGGCAUUCUCAUCCGAAAAGACGGCCGUCCAGACAUGCGUUCGCAGUCGUCGGCCGCCAAUCUCCGCAAAGUCCACGCACGCAAAGAGGGCGAAUCUAGCCACUCGCCAACACCUACAGCAAGCCUUCAAUACGCUGCUUCAGCUGACAAGCACAAUGCCAUCAUGGGCAAGAUCUUCCCCGCGGGCCUUGAUGCCUCGCGGAAACAGCACGACUAUGUCCGUCAAGUAUUUUCAGAAGACGAUGACCACGCCGCCCACUCUCGAUCACACAACCACCGCAAGCCAUCGAGUCAAGUCAAGAAGGAGCAGGUUGAAGGCGACGCACAAAGCAGCAGUGGUAGCCACAGUGCCGCCAGCAGCCCACAACAACAGCACGAUGGAGACACAGACCGGGACGAUGACGACGACGACGAGGCCACCGACGACGCGUCCCAGACGUCUGAAGAACCAAAGACAAAGCAAAUGGGUGUGGAUUCUCCCCAGGGUCCUCGUGAGGAUUCAGAGAGGCCUGCUUCACGAAUGCGGGAUCAGCCUACUACUCCCGCUACGCAGCCAGCGGCAGAUGGCGACACGACCAUGACCGAGUUGGAGACGGAGACCGAGGACGCCGAGUCUACCAUUGUCGUCACCACUACUACUGCUACUACUGCAGUCUCUGCACCUGCUCAAACCCAAUAG